GUUUGAUCAAAUUGCUAUUAAUUUAAGUAUAUAAUACCGAAUAUCCAGUAGUUCAUUUUGCAAUCAUUCACAUCAUCGAUGAGUCUUAAUAUCUGUCCGUUCAUUUUUAAGAAGUACACUAUAAAAAAUUACAAAUAUACUUACUCAUAUAUAAAUCUUCCUGCUUUCGCGCACUUGUAAAACGCUUAUCUUGAACAUGAGCUCAUUGGCAUUCAUUGUGUCUGGUGUCGGCCCACAACGUAAUGCUUCCGGGUCGUUAUACUUCUUCAAGUAGUUCUUAAAACCACUAAGUACCUCUUUCUUAUAUUGAUUCGGAGAUGACCCCGGAGAUGCGGCCAUGACUGUGUCACAUGGACGUUAUAGAUAUUGACUGUGGAAAUGAUAUCAGAAAAAAUAAUACUAUCUUGAUAUUUGUUUUUCUGAUGUUAAAUCAACUGAGAAGGUGUUAAUAAUUUGUGAAAAUAGUGUUAAAGCUAAAAAAAAUUCUAAAAACUCAUGAUAAAGUGGUGAAUUUGAGUAAUUGUACAUAUAACAAAUAAGGAAUCUCGUUGUGAGCCGACUCCGUAUCGUGAAUUUGGUAUUCCAUUUAUUAGACUAUCCAUUAUGUGAUCGCUGGGAAGUGAACUAUUCAGAAAUAAUGUGUAUUUGCUUUAAUAAUAUGUGUAAUAAUCCUUUAUGAUAAUUAUUUCGCUAUGGUUAAAGUGUCUAUUUCAUCAAAGCUCCCGAAAGUAGCGCAUACUACUAAAGAGAGGCAUACUAAAUCGGAAAAUAAAAAUGCGAAUCUUAGAAGAUCACAACGGUUGGUAGAACCAAGGUAUAAUAGCCACCAUCAAGGACGGAAGAAGGGCAAAAGGGAUAUAACAAUUAUAGAAGUAAUUAUCUUGGGGAUUUACAUUGUGUACGCGACAGAUUUCAGUGCCUUCAUUCGGCAUGUUCUAUCCAGUUUUCAAGAAUUUACGGUGUAUUUUCAGUAUAAGGAUGGUCAAUAUCGCUGUUUCGUGUUGCUUGAUUCAACAGAAGAGCUCAAAAUAAAAGAGGGGAAUCAACAUGUACUAGAGACAUGUUCUUAUCUGUCUGAGGUUCCUUUUACGGACUUUGUAGUGAUGACGUCGAGAUCUACGGAGUCUUUCGUGGUACUAAGAAAGACGACAGAUUGCCAGCAGCUCUUUAAAAAGCUUCAAUGGUACGUUAAUGAUCACUUAUGUCUACAUAAAGUUGAUCUGUCAAAAAAACAGCUGACUGAAUCACCCUAUAAAGAUGACCCUUUACAUAACGUUUUUUACUUUGGUAACCUUACGUUAGUUGAAAACAGGAGCGCUGACACACCGACUGGGACAAAUAAGAACCUUGAUCUGGUCGUUUCGCUGACAGGAAUAAGCGGGACUGUUUUCCCCCAUGAUAAUAAUUAUUUCACCUUUUCAUCGUUACCAACAAAUUCACCUAAGAGCAUAGUGUACAAUGGCGGCAUAUUGUUACCAAACCCCUCGCAUUGGCGGGCAGGGAUUAGAUUGGGCGAAGAUGCAAAUGCGCAUGAGCAGAACAACAUUUCAACCCUGGAGAGCGCUAGGGCAGAUGACAAAUCACGAAGCAACAGAAAACGGCCUCGCUAUCCAGGGAAAAGUACCGUGGCAAAUAGACUGGACACGUUUAACGCCUGGCCGCAUUCAGCACCGACCCCUCAAACACUUGCAGUAGCUGGCUUCUUUUUCACGGGCGACGCGGACCUGGUUCGGUGUCACCAGUGCGGUAUCGGUCUCAAAGACUUCAGCCCGGUUGACGAUCCAAUGUCAGAGCACAUUAAACAUGCUGGCAGUUGUGACUUCCUCAUUGACUUGUAUGGGCUGAUUGGACUGGAACAGAAAAGGUGUCUUAUCAACGACCCCGAAGCAAUUAGAAGACGCCAGCUGGAAUCGUUCCAAACACAAAAAGCCCCAGAUACUAUAUACCGAAGACCCGAGUACGCGAGUUAUGAGGCCCGCCUGGCAACAUUUGAUGGCUGGCCGGAAGAGGUGUCUCAAAGGCCCUACCAGUUGGCACACGCUGGUCUCUACUUUACAGGUGUUGAAGAUCACGUGCGGUGUUUCGCCUGCGAUGGAGGACUGCGGCAGUGGGAUGCGGGAGACGACCCUUGGGUUGAGCACUGCCGCUGGUUUCCGGCCUGUUCCUUUGCCAGAAAAACCAAGGGGGACCAAUAUAUCGAGCUCAUUCAGGCUUCCGUCGACCAAGGAGAGGAUUUUUCAGAACUGGAAGAAACAAGACCUGUGCUCCAGCAUCAGGAAACGUCUCCCGAAGACUUCGUGACUUCCGGUAUAGACAACAUCACGCUUGGGCGUGCGGAGCUCGAGGAACACCGUCGCACGUGCAUUGAGGAUCUUGGGUUUCCAGCAGAAGAGUUUGAAGAGGCCCUCAUUGAGCUUAGAAAAAGUGGAAAUAUUCUUCCGACAUUGGAAGACCUUUUCUUCUGCAUUGGAGAUAUUCAAAAACGGAAUGAAAUCCGACAAGUUCAACUGGAAGCAGUAACAGAGGACACCCCAGAAAGCAUACUUGAAGAAAACGCUCGCUUAAAGCACAUCCUGAAGUGCCAGCGGUGUGAUGUCAACAACGUUAACGCACUGUUCCUGCCAUGUGCACAUCACCGGAUGUGCAUGGACUGCGCGAGCAAAUACGACGUCACGGUGUGUCCAAUAUGUGACCGGCCGAUCAGGGAAAUCGUUAAAACUUUUAUGGGUUGAAAUGCGUUCGUCUAUUUAACCGUCUUAAAACCAUACAACAACGAAUUUAUGUUCUUUUAUGGCUAUUUAUUUGCUCGAUGUAGGGAUUCAAAAAAGGAAUAGGCCGUGUUCAAGAAGCAUGUUUGGGCAGCAUCUCCCCCACCCACUGGAUAUCUGGUCAUUUCAGCCCUUAUGGGUAGCGGUAAAAUACCCGAAUGUAGGGGAAUACUUGUUUUAGAUCGUUGUAACAAAUUUGUCUUUUGUACGAUAUAUAUAUAUAUUUAAUUUAAAAAGUUUAUCUAUUAAAUGUACGUUUCCAAUUCUUCAAUUGUUGAAGUCAGCAACGUUGUUAACUGGAUCAUUGUAAACUUUCAAAUCUUCAAUACUCUGAAAGUUCCAUGUACACACAUGUGGUCUGCGGGCCUUUUCAAAUAUGUUGGGAGAACUGAUUCAGCUAUGCUUGUUUUACUUAAAUAUAUCAGCAUAUGACAAUAAUUAUGUUUCACCUUGAAACGUUAAUAACGAUGCCGUUAACAACGUUGCUAACUUAUUCAAAGUUCUAAACAAUUGGCUCCAUAAUUGUGUCAUUUUCUUAUAACAUUAUAGAUUGUUGACUAGAUCUAUGUUUUCGCUUAAAUAUAAGCAUUCACUUUUAUGAAAAAAUGUUUGUCAAUAUAUAUUUUGGAUAUGCUUUCAAGUUCGAACUCUAUAUUGAAAACAUAUCUGAUUUAUAAUCUAAAAUAAGCCUGCUUAACAGAUGGUAUUGUUUUAUUGUCAAACUUUUAUUUGUGCUGUUCAAAUAUACUUUUGAUGCUUUCAUGAAUCUUCAAGAGAACAAUUUAUUCAGUUUUGAUUAUGUUUUUUUCCUCCUGCAAAAGUGCCUGAAUAGUUCCAGCACAAACCCGAAUAAAAUUUCUCUGGAAAAGGAAUAGGAGGAAAGUAUCUACCACAAGCAGUCGUGGAAGAUAGAUGAACGCCCAAUCUCGUGUCGGAUUUUAACGGAACGAGGUGUGGAAAAGUGGUGCUAUACUAAAGUUCUUUGAAACAUUGACCGAUUCAGUGCCAAAGCAUUCUGUGAUAACAUAUUUGUUAUAUUAAACUUUUUUAUAGACUAUACGUUUACAUUUUUUAGAAAAUCAUGAACAAAUGUUUAUAAAUAUGUAAACUUAUAUGUGCAAUGUGUUGCAUACACAUCUUUAUAUAGUUACCGUGUAAAAAGUAUUGUAGUUAGAUUUUAUAUAGUUACUGUUUAAAAAGUAUUGUAGUUAGACUUUAUAUAGUUACUGUUUAAAAAGUAUUGUAGUUAGAUUUUAUUAAAUGACUGUUUAAAAACAAUUGUAGUUAUAUUUUAUAUAGUUACUGUUUAAAAAGUAUUGUAGUUAGAUUGUAUUUACAUCAUACAACCAAAAGUGGAUUUUCUUCCAUAAUAAUCCGAGGGACCAUGGCACUUCUCAGGUAGUUUGUACUUUACUCUUUUGAAUAUGGGGUCAGUAGGUCAAAGGUCAACGUAAUUGUUCAGGCUUUUCUUCUAAAAAAACGCAUUAACACGUUCUAACAAAUAUUUCUGACAAAGCGGGCUAUUGUUGUACAACCUAUUUUGAUUCAUGGAAAGUUAUUACAUGUGUAGUUUUAACUUUGAAUCGUGUAUUUUGUAACAUUAUGUAUACAGCUGUUAAUAUACUACUCAAACCAUUCAUGUGUUUACAUGUUGUGCACAUUUUUUAUAAGAUCUGUUUUACCAUGUGACAUGUUGUCUAUAGAUUUGUUUUAUAAUUAUAGUUUCCGUUUAAGUGUAAUGAAAUUUUCUUCAUGUUUUAUUUGACAUUGACAUUUAUCCCCUUGUUUUACUUGUGCAUGUUAUCUGAUUGAAUAUAUGCUCUAAGGCCAGUGGCGGGAAAGCGCAUUGUUCACAAAUGGUAUAUAUACACAAGAUAUUUAUGUUAGGAUAAUCUAGAUCCAUGGUUCGAAAGAUAUACAAUCCUACCGAAGGCUGAGUGAUCUCUCCGUACUCAGUUAUUUUAUUAAUGAUCAUUUAUUGUCUUUGGACUGACAGUCAUAACUGAUAAUUGUUAAUUAUCUUUCCAUAUUGUAGGUCUUACCAAUAUUUAGUGGAAUACGUUGUUGAGGAUGUUUAAAUAUUUCAUUCCUGUUAAAAGUGGUCGUUUUGUAAAUAAUGUUAGGAAUUUGUACAGUAUGUUUUAGUUCGUGUUGGUGCCGAGUUCCACGAGUUCAAUUAUCUCUGCUGGUGCUGUUUUUGCAGAUAGGAAAAGGUUUUUGGAUGAAUAGUAUUUCCACUAACCAUACAAGUUAUAUAUAAAGCCAGAAAAAAUGUUUUGUACUGACAUCUAUUCGUACAUAGGGUACAUUUCAUCAAAAUUGUUCCAUUUAGAAUUAACAGAUAAAUCUCUAUUUGGUUUUCAACUGCGCUUGUCUGUUAUUGUGGUAAAUCUUAAAAAUAAGUAAUAUGGACAAUCUCUCUCUCUCUCUCUCUCUCUCUCUCUCUCUCUCUCUCUCUCUCUCUCCCGUGUGUGUUUGUGUGUUUGUGUGAUAUGUCCAUAUCUUCAUUGUGUUUUGUCUGUUUGGCUUCAAUUAGUUAUGUGUUAUCAAUAAACGUUCAAUGUUCAAACGUAUCCUAAAAGCCAAUCUCAAUAAAUUGACAUACCCAUUUUGUAUAUAACAUAACAUAUUGCUUAUUUCCAUUAACUGUUUCAACAUUUAUUUCCAUAUAUUUACACCUAAUCUUCCAUUCCUUAAAUGAACUACCUUUAGGCAAUUGCGUUCAUCAAUCGAUGAACGCAACAUCUUCGGAUAUGUUCGGUUCGUACUUCAUUGCAUAACAAUAUACAUGAAAGCUAUUGAUCUUGUUAUUUGUUGUAUUGUGUUUGCAGGUCCCGUAAAAUAUAGAUCAACAUUUUUAAAAGUGUUACUUCAUUAUAUUUUAAAUAUAUUGGUACCAGAAGUGUUUCAAUUUUACGUUUUAAAGUGAUUUCAAGUGGUUGAUCUUUUCCCGCGUUAUUGUGACGUCAUUUGAAAAAAAUGUUUCCGGUUAUAGUCGGGUCGUUCUAUUUACCGAAUGGGUAAGAACGGGUUACUGAAAGGUUUUCUUAAAUGAAAUGAAGUAUUUUUUUAACAAUUCUUGAAUGAAAUAAUGAACUAUUGGUGUAAAUAUAAGGAAUGUAUUGCGGAGUUGAUCUCAUUAUCGGGGAUAUGAACGCAAUUGGGUUGG